AUGUUCGCCGCCGACGGCCGGCCCACGCUGCUGGGUGUCCACUACAACGACCGACUUUCGAAGACGGACGCCCCCGGGCGAGCACUGGAAACCCCUGAUGCCGGCAAGUUGGUAACGAAUCCGACGACGUCCACACAAAAAAAAUCUGAACUGGUCAACGUCGAGCCACAUCGCAUCGCAUCGCAUCGCAUCACUCACCUGGGCGGACCUGGGCGGUGCGAUGACAUGACCUGCAUUGCUUGCCCCUCUGCGGCGUCACGAUGCAACCGAUCCGGGACGAGGGGACAGGACGGGCGCUUAGCCUUUAGGCUGCGAUAUCAUCACCAUAUUAACUACCACCCGCUAUCCCUCCGUCGGCCUCCCCCCCCCUUUCGACUCCUUGAACCUCGCAGGAAGAAAGAAUCGCAAAGAGUCAUAUCUCCCUGGCAUAUGCUCCCGAGACUGAGACCGAGGCCCGAAAGCAAGGGCAACGACAACAACACCCCCUCCACUCUCCGCCUUUUAGUAGACCCGUUGGCGCAACCACCUCGUGACACCCUGGUUGUCUGGCUGGCCCAAGAGACUCCGGACAAGGUCAUUGCGAUAGGACUCCAUUGCGAUAUGUCAGUCGAGAGACACCUCCUCCAUCAUGCACUGCACAUUCACCCCGCAAAAGAUGGAGGGGGCGGAAAGCUCGUGCAUAACCCCUCAAGACACUCUCCACUCUCCCCCUUGACUGCUAUCUUACCUACCCUCGUAGUUGGCUCCGUCGUCAUGGGGCAACUGGCGUGGCUUGUGGAGAAGGAUUGAGACUAGCACAGCACUAGAGCCGCUGUUCUUUUCGUGUUCUCUGUUCUCUGUUGACUCUGUUCUGGUAUCGUGUCUUGUGCCUUGGGCGACUGGGUCUUGGAGGCAAGUGUCUCGCAACCC